AUGGAACUGCAGCAGCAGCAGCAGCAGCAGCAACGGCAGUGCCUGCAGCAACAAGGCACGAAGCACGAGCAGCACAGCGGCCAGCCCUACGCGUUCGAACACAAGCAUAGGGAGCAGCAGCUGCUGCUGCAGCAGCCCUGCCAAGAGCGGCCGGAGCAGCAGCGUGCACGGCAGCAAGAAACAGAGCAGCAGCAGCAGCAGCAGCAGCCAAAACGACACCACAGCGAGAGGCUGCAGAGCUGCAGCAAGGAUGUCUCUCUCCUGCAUGUUUCGCAGCAGCAGCAGCAGUAUCAGCACAACCUGGAGAAGCAACAGCAGCGCCUGCAGCUGCAGCAGCGGCAGCUAGGAAACCACAGAGUCUCGAUUUCCAGCAAAUAUGAGCAGCUGGCUCAGCAGCACCAGCAGCAGGAGCCGGAGCUAGAGCAGCAGCAGCAGGACUGCUACGUUGAAGUGUCUCCGGUAGAGGUGCAUCCGCUGCACUACAGAACCACGGAAGCUGCAGCAGCAGCAGCGAGAGCUGCAGCAGCAGCAACAGUGGCAACAGCAGCGAGAGCAGCAACGAGCCGCUUCGCCCAGUUGGCGUCGCACACGAUAAGGUGCAGCAGCAUAAACAGCAGCAGCGGCAGCAACGUCAGCAGCAGCAUCAACAGCAGCACCAGGUGGAACAUCAAGGGCCUCCAGCUGUCAGGUAUACAACAGAGCUUCUCGGGCCCUGCUCGCUGCAGCUGCAGCAGGCGACUCGGCCGCACUGACGCGGAGAGCGACAGCAGCAGCAGCAGUAGCAGCAGCAGGAACUCCUGCUGCUGCUGCUGCUGCUGCAGAGCAGCAGCAGGAGGAGUGCCGCGGGGGCCUCAGGAGGCACAUGUGCCUCACCAUUCCCUCCUCCCCGCUAGACAAUCCGCAAUCUUCUGA